GACCGCGCCUUAUCUACAUUAGUACUUUGUAGCCGCGCAAAAUACUGGCAGGGCACUCUGGGAAUUUGGCUCGAGAUAAACAUGGCGGGUGGCGGCCAGCUUUUCGUGGUUUGCCGAUCAAUCUUCAUCCUCUCGCUUCUUGUGGGUAAAAACUCAGCUGAUGGUGAUGCUGUUGAUGAAAAGUGCUUUGACGAAUCAUGUGGUAGGAAGUAUGAUCCAGGGGGACCACUUGUGCUGUGCAAUUACUUACCCAUGGACUUUCUGCAGUGUGAUCCCCCAGUUGAUUUUAAAGCAAAUGAAACAGCAAGAGAAGAAUCUGGUUAUGGAUGCACUAAACAUUCUCUUUCGUCUUGUCCUUUCGACAGAUAUUCGGGUCACCGUUUUGUGACCACCCUCCUGUACUCUGUUCUCUUAGGAUUUCUUGGAGUGGACCGCUUCUGUUUAGGACACACUGGUACAGCUGUAGGAAAACUCCUAACCCUUGGUGGUCUAGGUAUCUGGUGGAUCGUGGAUGUGAUUCUGCUGAUAACGGGAAAGCUUCUACCAGAAGAUGGAAGCAAUUGGGUGCCAUUCUAUUAAACAACAAAGCAACGACUGGAGUAGUGAGACGUUUUUGCCAGCUUCCUUACACAAACAGUUUCAUUCCUGCAUCAAAGGACUUAUGGUGAAACGCCAAUACAAGAACAGAAGGAGACCUACAUACGUCCAGUGUUAAGUAACUUGCACUGCCAAGCAAAGAUCAUUGUACAACUGUACAUCCCUGUGCAACUGUAUGUACAUCAUGUGGUGAAGGAAUAGCCCCGCUAUAGUCAUCUCGUACUAACUUACAGCAAACCCAGCGAUGUUCAGUACGUAAUUUAAGAGACUUCUCGUGAAAACGGAAGCAGUACCAACGCAGACAAUGCAGUUUUUGAAGUGUAAAUAAACCUUGUUAGUAUAUUAUAAAUAAAGUAUUUGUAAUGA